AGAGCAUCUAUAAACCGAAAGGAAGUUAUACAAUCGGCAAAUGCUCUUCGGCAUAAACGCUGUCAUCGCCUGAUCAGACUGCACGUCUCUUCUUCUUCCUCUUCGUCUAUGUUACCAUCGACGCUUUGCUGAUCGAGAUUUCAGUUCGCCGGAAUAACUUGCCGAACAACAAAUCGGAGUGGCUACCUGCUCAAUCUCUGAAAUCAACCCGGGUAGUGAGCUGGAGUAAGGUGAUACACAGCUUCAAUACAUUUUCCAUCAUGCAGAAUUCUGCUUCGUUACCUAUGGAGAGCUUGGCGCAGCUUGAGGCAAUGUGCGAGAGAUUAUACAAUUCACAGGAUUCAACUGAGAGGGCUCUCGCUGAAAAUAGUCUGAGAUGCUUUUCCGUGAAUACAAAUUACAUAUCGCAAUGUCAAUACAUUCUCGACAAUUCAUCAAAACCUUAUUCCUUAAUGCUCGCUAGCUCGAGUUUGUUGAAGCAAGUGACAGAUCAUACCCUUCCGCUGAAUCUCCGCCUUGAUAUCAGGGCUUAUAUUGUGAACUAUCUGGCUACAAGAGGACCGAAGAUGCAAUCAUUUGUUAUUUCUUCGCUCAUUCAACUGCUUUGCCGGCUCACAAAGUUUGGAUGGUUAGAUGAUGAUAGAUUCAGGGAUGUGGUUAAUGAAUCAACAAACUUCUUGGAACAGGGUUCCUCGGAUCACUAUGCUAUUGGCUUAAGAAUUCUGGAUCAACUUGUGCAGGAGAUGAAUCAGCCGAAUCCAGGACUGCCUUCUACACAUCACCGGAGGGUUGCCUGCAACUUUAGAGAUCAAUCCUUAUUUCAAAUAUUCCGAAUAGCUUUGACUUCAUUAAGCUAUCUGAAAAAUGAUGAAUUUUUUGCAAUCGUGAAGUACGUCGCUAUCUUUGUUGUGGUCUAUCGUUGGCCUAGGCAUCGUGGUCGUUUACAAGAAUUGGCGCUUUCCCUUGCACUGAGGUGUGUAUCAUUUGAUUUUGUUGGAACUUCAAUUGACGAAAGCACAGAAGAGUUUGGUACAGUUCAGAUACCAACAUCCUGGAGAUCAGUAUUGGAGGAUUCCUCCACGCUGCAGAUAUUUUUCGAUUAUUAUGGUAGUACAGAGUCACCUCUUUCGAAAGAGGCACUUGAGUGCUUGGUGCGAUUGGCUUCUGUAAGACGCUCUCUGUUCACAAAUGAUGCUACCCGCUCUAAGUUCUUAGCUCAUUUGAUGACUGGAACCAGAGAAAUUCUUCAAACAGGAAAAGGUCUUGCUGAUCAUGAUAAUUACCAUGUGUUCUGCCGUCUACUUGGGCGUUUUAGGUUGAAUUAUCAGCUUUCGGAGCUUGUGAAGAUGGACGGUUACGGUGACUGGAUACAGUUGGUGGCAGAGUUUACACUAAAAUCUCUCCAGUCGUGGCAGUGGGCCAGCAGCAGCGUGUAUUACCUCCUUGGAAUGUGGUCCAGAUUAGUCGCAUCGGUUCCAUACUUGAAGGGUGAUUCACCAAGUCUACUCGAUGAAUUUGUACCUAAAAUUACAGAGGGUUUUAUCAUCUCCAGAUUCAAUUCUGUGCAGGCUAGUGUCCCCGAUGAUCCAACUGAUCAUCCUUUGGAUAAAGUUGAAGUCCUGCAGGAUGAGCUUGAUUGCUUUCCUUACCUAUGCAGAUUUCAGUAUGAAAGAACUGGCAUGUAUAUAAUAAACACAAUGGAGCCUCUUCUGCAAUCAUAUACGGAAAGAGGGCAAGUGCAGUUUGCUGACAAUUCUGAGCUGGCACUUAUUGAAGCAAAAUUGUCAUGGGUUGUACAUAUUGUUGCCGCUAUUGUUAAAAUCAAGCAGUGCAGCGGUUGUAGUGUGGAGACACAAGAGGUGCUCGAUGCCGAACUCUCUGCUCGUGUUUUGCGGCUAGUUAAUGUUAUGGACAGUGGACUGCAUAGACAGAGAUAUGGUGAAAUAAGUAAGCAAAGGCUGGAUCGUGCCAUUCUUACAUUCUUCCAGAAUUUCCGAAAGUCUUACGUUGGUGAUCAGGCCAUGCAUUCAUCAAAACAGUUGUAUGCCAGAUUGAAAGACCUCCUUGGACUCCAUGAUCAUCUAGUGCUGUUGAAUGUUAUUGUUGGCAAGAUUGCUACAAACCUGAAAUGUUAUACAGUGAGUGAAGAAGUCAUUGGUCACACGCUAAGUUUGUUUCUGGAGUUGGCAUCUGGAUAUAUGACUGGGAAGCUGCUUUUGAAGCUGGACACCGUGACCUUUAUCAUUUCUAAUCACACUAGGGAGCAGUUUCCAUUCUUGGAAGAGUACAGAUGCUCUCGCAGCAGAACAACGUUUUACUACACUAUUGGCUGGUUGAUUUUCAUGGAGGAUAGCUCGAUAAAGUUUAAGACUUCUAUGGAACCACUCCUGCAGGUUUUUCGCACCCUGGAAUCAACACCAGAUUCGAUGUUUCGCACUGAUGCCGUGAAGUUUGCUGUGAUUGGAUUGAUGAGGGAUCUAAGAGGCAUAUCAAUGGCUACUAGCAGUCGGAGAAGUUAUGGUCUUUUGUUUGACUGGCUCUAUCCCGCACACAUGCCACUUCUUGUGAGAGGAAUCUCACAUUGGUUCGACACACCAGAGGUUACGACUCCGUUGUUGAAGUUCAUGGCUGAGUUUGUGCAGAACAAAACCCAGCGCCUUACUUUUGAUUCUUCUUCUCCCAAUGGCAUCCUGCUGUUCCGAGAAGUCAGUAAAUUGAUUGUGGCUUAUGGUUCAAGGAUUUUAUCCCUUCCAAAUGUUGCGGAUAUAUAUGCCUUCAAAUACAAGGGGAUCUGGGUUUCACUGUCAAUUCUGUCGAGAGCGCUUUCGGGAAAUUAUUGCAACUUCGGUGUGUUUGAACUCUAUGGCGAUCGCGCUCUUGCGGAUGCACUUGAUAUCGCGUUAAAGAUGACCCUAGCAAUACCCUUGGCAGAUAUACUAGCAUAUCGCAAGCUUACAAAGGCAUACUUUGGAUUCGUCGAGGUUUUGUGUGCCAGUCAUAUUACCUUCAUAUUGAAAUUGGAUACUGCGACUUUUAUGCAUCUGGUAGGUUCCCUUGAAUCUGGACUCAAGGGGUUGGACACAAGUAUUUCAUCACAGUGUGCAAUAGCUGUAGACAAUCUUGCUUCAUAUUAUUUCAAUAACAUCACAAUGGGUGAGGCACCUUCUUCUCCUGCUGCUAUACGUUUUGCACAGCACAUUGCAGACUGCCCUAGUUUGUUCCCCGAGAUAUUGAAGACGCUGUUUGAAAUAGUUUUGUUCGAGGACUGUGGUAAUCAGUGGAGUCUCAGCAGGCCGAUGCUAAGCUUGAUUCUUAUAAGUGAACAGAUUUUCUCUGAUCUGAAAGCUAAGAUCCUCUCGUCACAGCCAGUGGAUCAGCACCAGCGACUCUCUGCCUGCUUUGACAACCUUAUGACAGACAUCUCGCGGGGAUUAGAUUCAAAGAACAGAGACAAGUUCAGUCAGAACUUGACCAUUUUCAGACAUGAGUUCCGCGUUAAAUAGAAUCGCCAAGCACAGUCCCUGAGCCACGGUCUACUACUUUAGGGGUCUCAUCAGAAAGACCCACAUGACACAGUGAACCAGAAGUUCCCACUUACAUUAAAAAAACAAAAGAUAUCUUCAGGAGUUGAGAAAAUGGAAGAAAAAAAAAUUACUCUCUAGAUUGUGCUAUUGUGGGUACUGUACAGUUUUCUCUUCUCUCAGUAUUCGGAUAUAUUUUGUUUCCUACCAAAAAUGUUGGCGCUCUCUCUCUCUCUCUCUCUCUCUCUCUCUCUCUCUCUGCUCUAGAACAAAUUUUAUGUAAAGCAUUGAAACUUAGGGUUUCCUUUUGGCAAAUAUUGGGAGCAAUUAGGUCACAUAUUCUUUGUAUUUGUUCAUGGAUGCUUACAGUCUUGAAAGAAAAUGAAGUGUUUGUUUUGAUGGGCUU